AUGGACAAUACUGAUCCAAGUCACCGAAAAGCCAUCAUCGGCAACCCCUCCUCCACUUUCUGGCUGUAUGAUUCCAAGACGGGCUUCGACCUCACUCACCCACCAACGCCCACCUCGGCCACUCCGACUCCAAAUCACACCAUCAAGACCAACACCCUGCCGAUUACAAUACAUCCACCCAAAUCAGCCCUUGUGAUUGUUGACAUGCAGAACUUCUUCCUCUCCCCGCAACUAGGCCGACCCGUGGACUCGAAGGGCCUUGUCGCUCAGCAGCAGCUGCUGAAAUAUGCAAUUCCUGCUGCGCGCAAAGCCGGCGUGCGAGUCAUCUGGGUCAACUGGGGCCUCACGCAGCAAGAAAUCGACGAAAUGCCACCCGCAACGUUGAGGGCUUUUGGUUUUGAGACCGUCCUUGCGUCGGAGUGGGAGUCAUAUGAGAAGGUCGAGAAGAAGCAAGCGGCCAUCGACUCUCACGGCGUGAACGAGGGCUGCCACAAGUUUCCAGACCCGCAUAUCGAGACUUCGGGCAAGAAUCCCAGGCUCUACAAGGGCCUUGGCCAGGAAGUUGGACCUGUUACCAUGGAGGACGGAAAGACGGUCGUGCAAGGAGGUAGACUUUUGAUGAGAGACACUUGGAACGCCGACCUAACUCCGGAGCUCAAGCAAUCUUACGAAGAAGAAGGGAAGAAAGCGGAUCCACCGGAUGUGUGGAUUCAUAAGAAUCGCAUGUCUGGUCUGUGGGGGCCUGGGACCGACAGCACCGAGUUCCUGGACAAGGAGGGGAUUAAGACGUUGUUCUUUGCUGGUGUUAACACCGAUCAAUGUGUCGGCGGAAGCCUACAGGACGCUUUUUCCAAAGGGUACGACACAGUUCUCCUCUCCGACGGCGCUGGCACAACAAGCCCAUCGAGCUCCCAGGAGAGCAUAGAAUUCAAUUGUGCGAAGACGUGGGGGUUCUGUGUAUCGUGUAAGGACUUCGCCGAAGGGUUGGGUCUUUAG